AUGAAUUGGUUAACUGAAUUUAGGGAUUUCCCUAAAAAAUGGGUGAUGCUCAUUUUUAAGGGAAAUGCUGCCGGAUUUUCGUUAAUAAUUAGGAAAAAAUUUAGUAGUUUUGUCCUUAUUACGUUUAUUCCUAUUGUCGUCCACCCACACCGUUUUUACCAUCCACAUUCUCUUCUCAUUUGCGGUUCUGCUCUUCAACAAUGCCUAAUUGUACGUCCUCCAGAAAUGAAUCCAGACCGCAGCUGGAUGUAUACGAGGCAUGACAGAGGCUUCCUGCCGCCAGAUUUUUUCCCUAAUCUUGAAGAGUUCGUGAAUUUUGCUGUGCAACAUCCCGAGUGUAUGAAUGGAGAAGAGAUAAAAUGCCCCUGUUCUAGGACAAAAUGUAGAAAUACGAAUUUUCGAGAUGUCGAAGUUGUGAAACUACAUGUCUUGCAGUCUGGGUUUGUUCCAGAUUACUAUGUCUGGAUUCACCACGGUGAGGUGAAUGUCCCUCCUGUUGUUCAGCAGCCGGUUAAUGAAUACGAUUACUAUAAUGAGGGAGGGGGAGAUUUAAACUCCGGUCAGAGAAUGGGGUCGAUAUCUUUAAUUGACGACACCUGCCGUUUAUUACAAGAACUGCUUCCAGAGAACAACAAAAUGCCGAAAAAUUUUGCUAAUAUCAAGAAGCUGGUGAAAGGUCUCGGGUUGCCGGUUGAGGUUAUUGAGUGCUGUUUGCACAACUGUAUGAUUUACUGGGGGGCGGACGAGGAUUUAACCCACUGGGGUUCCUCGUGGAAGAAGAUUACAGCAGAGCAUAAGGGCUUCUACUUCGAGGAGUUCAAGAAGGGUUUUUGCUGGGACCCGACCUACCCUGAGGAUCUGAUUAGAGGGGUCUUCUACCGACAUGCGGGCAAUCGGUAUAAAGAUACUCUCCACAACAUGAAGCCGGAUAAAAAAGAGGGCAGUGUUAGUGCUGAUACUUGGGCGUCAUGGAAGCGAGACUGGGAUACUGCUGAGGCUAAGAAAAAGUCCGAUAUAGCACGAGCUAAUCGGAUGAGUGAGCCGUCCGGAGCUGGCACCGGACCUGUUCGACAUACCGCAGGAUCGCGAUCGGCUACGAGGCAUAAGACAGUUAUGACUGAGGAGCUUGGUCGAGAGCCCACUUUGGCUGAGUUGCAUGUACGGUUGCACCUGACCAAAGCAGAUCGGACUGUCUUUGUUGACAAGAGAUCAAAGGAUAAAAAUGACCGUUUUCAGGCAGAGCUUGCUGCAGCAACACAGUCUCAGGCAGCUGGAGAAGGGAGUUCGUCGACUCCAGAGCCGAUCGACGAGAACGAGCUGUUUUUGUCUCUCGAGGCAAUCAAGAAGCAGCGAGUCUACGGUAUUGGAUCGGCUUCAGCAUCCUACAUCGGCCAGAGCAGCGCUAGCCGAUUGCGCCGCGACGGAUCAUCCCAGCUGGGGAACGUUAGUACUGAGGACAUAGAGCAGCGUAUUGCUAGGGAGGUUGAGGAGCGGCUCGAGCAGCGGAUUCGUACUGUGGAGGCGGGUUUCGAAGAGCGGGUCGAGCAGCGGAUCCGUAGUGUGGAGGCGGGUUUCGACGAGCGGAUCCGUACUGAGCUUGCGCGGCUGAUGACUACACUCCCACCCGAGUUACGCCCGCAGUUCCCACCACCCCCACCCCCUCCUGCUGAUGACACCACCAGUUUAGAGUAGGCUUGUGAUACACUUGGACAUAUUUAUGUUUUUUGUUCGUAUACUUUAAUAUUAAUGUUUUUUGUAUGCUUUUUGAC